CACUUUGUGUUGGCUCCUUCCUAAAAGCAGAGAAUUUAUGGACGGAAACCCCUUCCCGGUACGACACAAACACACACGGCGCACACAGAGAAAAAGUGUGGAGCCUGGAUGCGAAGUGCUUUGGCGAUAUAAAGGCUGCCUGCAGGGAGAAGAAGUGACUCUCUUCUUGAAGCAAACCUCCGGGAGAAAGGCUGAAACAACACGACAGAGCAGAAUGAGCAUUCGUGGAGCAUCGGCUGCUUGUGUGGCGCUGCUGUGUGUGGUGGUGCUGAUGGCAGAGACGACACACGGACACAUCACCUUCUUCAGCCCCAAAGAGAUGAUGCUGAUGAAGGAGCGAGAGGGAAGGAAGGACAUGGAGCCUCGGUCGGAGGAUGGCCACUUUGAAGAAGUCACCGUGGAGCAACUUCCUCCAGCUGAGCACGCCACCAACCUGGACAAAACAGUGGACAUCACGGUGCGACUUUCACCCAAGCAGCUGGACCACGUGGCUCCUGUGCUGGAGGAGCUCAUCCAUGAAAUGGUGGAGGAGCGACAGAAAGGUACUGCAGUCCACAGAAAAUAGCCAACAAAAUGAUAUCAAUUUGUCUCUGCAGCCAAGUAGUGCAGCGCUGAAGGACACACUUCUUCAAAAAGCAUCUUUUCUUGUCAAAUCACUCAAUAAAGGGAAGUUCUUGUACUUUCACUCAUGGCCCAGUUGUUGACAACAC